AUGAAUUCACUGAGAGGACUCYGUCACUGGAUCAAGAGGACCACUCUGGUGGACAGCAGGACGUCGGUGACUGACGUGAAGUUUGCUCCUAAACACAUGGGUCUGAUGCUGACCACUUGCUCAGCAGACGGGGUUAUGAGGAUCUAUGAYGCUCCAGACGUGAUGAACCUCAGCCAGUGGUCCCUGCAGCAGGAGAUCUCCUCUAAACUCAGCUGCUCCUGUAUCUCCUGGAGCCCCUCCAGCUCCCGUGCCCACGCCCCCAUGAUAGCAGUGGGCUCUGAUGACAGCAACACAGCAUACAGCGGGAAAGUUCACAUCUAUGAAUACAUUGAAAACACAAGGUUUGUAUCAUGGUAGCACCACCUCUCCUCA